AGUGGUGUCGUUUCCAUAGAAACGAUGGCCGUUGCCAGAGAAGUGAGUGCUGUGUCAGUGUCAUGAUGAGCCAUUUUUACAUUGUAGCAUCAGCACAAUACAUUUUAAAAGAUUAAACAUUGACGUUAAACAACCAACAAAACUGUUUAGUUAGCCACAUUAUAGCAAGCUGACUGGCUAGCAACGUGGUAACACUAGCAAAAAUGCGGCCACAAAGACAACAGAUCAACAACAAUACAGCCAUUAUAGGAAGGUGUCUUUCUCCCACGGUCAACAGCUAUAAACUGCACUUUACAGCAGUGAACUCUCAAAUAGAGAGAAAUGUUCAGAGACCACUGGACGUCCGAUGGUCUAAAGACUUUACAAACGGGAUAAACAUGGACACCAUGAAAAUGAAUCCACCAAGACAAGACAGCAGGCCUAAUGCACACAGUGGCUGUGGCAGGCCCUGUUCCCCUGUGCCAGCAUUUGUCAGUGAGUUUAUGGGCCCUGAGCAUCCCCUCCUACCCCCAGCUGCUGCUCUACCCAGUGGGCUGACUGGGGACCCGGGGCCACAGCCACACAGAGUGAGGCCUAGGAGAGCAACCCACAGUGCAGGGGCCAUCUACUCCCACAGUACCUCACCCCUCACCCUGCCAACUGGACCAGGUGAUGCCAUAACAUUGAGUGAGAAUUCUCCCUCUGGUUUUCCAAUUGCCUUUCGUUCCUGUGAUGAUUGUGCUUUGAGUCCUGAGCGAAUAGAUUUGGACAGGCGUUGUCUGGAGGAGUGUCACCUGCUGGAGGGCAUGGGUAGGCUGCGGCUGCUUAACUUUCAGCACAACCUCAUCACGCACAUCCACAAUCUGUCUCAUCUGCGGCACCUGGCCUUCCUAGACCUGUAUGACAACCACAUCUCCCAGAUGUCUGGCAUCUCAGCCCUGGCCUCUCUCAGAGUGCUUAUGCUGGGCAAGAACAGAAUCCAGAGGACAUGCAGUCUGGAUAACCUGACUAAACUAGAUAUUCUGGACUUGCAUGGCAAUCAGAUCUCCCAGAUAGGGAACCUCUCCCACCUGUCUGAGCUGCGUGUGUUGAACUUGGCAGGGAACUGCAUCUCCAGGGUGGACAACCUGCAGGGCCUGGACUCACUGACCGAGCUCAACCUGAGACGCAACUGCAUCUCCACUGUGACAGAGGUAGACCAGCUGCCCUGCCUCCAGCGCCUCUUUCUCAGCUGCAACAGCAUCACCAGUUUUGAUGAGCUAGCCUGCCUGGGAGAGUCGUGCUCCCUUUAUGAGCUCACCCUGGAUGGGAACCCAGUAGCCCUGGAGACAUGGUACAAGCAGGCCGCCCUGCGCUGUGUGCUUCAACUCAGACAGCUGGACAUGAAACGUGUCACGGAGGAGGAGAGACGUAUGGCCUGCGUCAUGGCCCGGAAGGAGGAUGAGAAGAAGAGGGAGAGUCACAAGCAGGCCAUGCACAAGAGUCCUGCUCAUGUUGUGCCUCAGCAGUUCUACACUCAACUUGGACUCAAGUCUCAGGACUCCUCAGUGACAAGCAAGGAGAAGCGGCGUCUGGCCAUCCGUAAUGCAGCACUGCAGUGGGAGGGGGUCAGGGCCUGCCUGGAGCACCCGGCUCAGAACGGAGCCAAGGAGGAAGUCAGCCCUGAAGCAAGCCCUGCCCACAGUCCCGCCCAGACCAAUGGCCUUGCACUGGAACCUUCUCCGGAUGAGCAGCUCAGACGGGUGAGUCCGGUGUCGGCUCCGGACAGGCCAACAGGGGGCAGUGAGACCCGGAUACGCUCCACCAGUCGCCCCAACAGUCCUCGAGACCCCAAGCUCCUUGAGGCAGGGGGUGCCAGCCUGCAGAGCCUCUCCCUGUCAGACAGCCACCUGGCAGAGCUGGAUGGGGAAACCCUGCGCCUGUUCGGCCUCGGGGCCCUGGAGGCCCUGGAGAGAGGCUGGGGGGUCCAGACUGCAGGGGCCGUCACUGUCAUAGCCUUCCGCUACAUCCACUUUGAUGCAAUCGUGCCAACACUGCCACGCAUAAGGGUCAAGUUCCCCAACCUAUCUCACCUGAUUUUCCUGGAGACCAACGUCAGCCGUCUUCCCCAGCUGGCUGCUCUGGCCCAGGUGAGACGUCUGGACCAGCUGACCAUCCACCCAGAGGGGAACCCUGUAGUCAGUCUUUCCCUGUGGAGAUCCUUCCUCAUCUACCGCCUGCACCACUUCAACCUGCACAAGAUCAACAACCUGGAGGUGACCAUGAAUGACGUGAUCUCUGCAGAGCGUCUGUUUGGGACGCUGGGUCAUAUCGCUGCCACCGAGACACCACGCUGCCGCCUGCUAGUACUACUGGAGGAGUCCAGGAAGCGUCAGCUGCAGUUUCUGUUGGAGGGGCGUGGGCGCCGCGCAGGCUUGAGCCCAGAGGAGCUGCGUGACAACGGCAAGCUGCUAGGAGAGGGCCUGAGCAGAGCCCUGUUCAACUACCCCAGUAGAGACUGCUGCAGUGUGGGAGCGGAGAGCCCAGAGGAGGGUGCUAUGGAGUCGUCAUCGGAGCGCCGCGCUGUGAUGGAACAGUAUAUACAGGCUCAGGUCCAGAGGGCAUCUGACACCAACCUGAAGGGGGAGUCCCUCCACAAACUGUGGCCCUCCAUGUUCAUGGAGAUGGUGAGAGACUAUGUGCUGGAGAUGAGGGACCGACCAACCUUCCGUCAGGCCUGCCUCAACAGGCUCUCCACACAGGGAAAGUGAGAGAGUGAGGGGUAUAGACCUGGUAAAACUCCAUAAGACCCACAGUACAGCAAACCGGACACAUACUGGAAACAGGUACAGCAUACUGGACAAAUACUAGAAACAGGUACAGCAUACUGGACACAUACUAGAAACAGUUACAGCAUACUGGAAACAGCUACAGCAUACUGGACACAUACUAGAAACAGCUACAGCAUACUGGACACAUUCUAGAAACAGGUACAGCAUACUGGACACAUACUAGAAACAGCUACAGCAUACUGGACACAUACUAGAAACAGCUACAGCAUACUGGACACAUACUAGAAACAGCUACAGCAUACUGGACACAUACUAGAAACAGCUACAGCAUACUGGACACAUACUAGAAACAGCUACAGCAUACUGGACACAUACUAGAAACAGCUACAGCAUACUGGACACAUACUAGAAACAGCUACAGCAUACUGGACACAUACUAGAAACAGCUACAGCAUACUGGACACAUACUAGAAACAGCUACAGCAUACUGGACACAUACUAGAAACAGCUACAGCAUACUGGACACAUACUAGAAACAGCUACAGCAUACUGGACACAUACUAGAAACAGCUACAGCAUACUGGACACAUACUAGAAACAGGUACAGCAUACUGGACACAUACUAGAAACAGGUACAGCAUACUGGACACAUACUGGAAACAGGUACAGCAUACUGGACACAUACUAGAAACAGGUACAGCAUACUGGAAGAUGGAUGUGGAUUUUUCUUUUAAAGGCAACUUUGGGGGGGGGUUCUCACCAGCUGGGCCUCAUAACCUUGAAUGCACAUGAUCAUGGAAAAGACAAUAUUGAUGUUUGUUCUAUACUCUGUUCUUCCUAUUCAACUUGAUUCCAGUAUGCACGGAGCUAUAGAGCUAUAAACUUGAGAAAGUCAUUGUGAGUGUGCAUUGUCAUCUCUAAAGAGGAACACUCUUUGCACUUUAAAGCCUUCAUAAAGAUCCUGUUCUGGAGCCUUCAUCUCCAGCUGAAGAUUACAAUGAGUGUGUCUCAUUGAGCCUAGAAUGAUUGUGUCAUGAUAAGCCUCUUCUUAAUGUUACUCUCUCUCUCUGCCUGGCGUGAUGACAAGGGCAGAAAAUACACGUUUUCUUUUCGGACCACUCAUUUUCUGUAUUGUACUUAGAAAUAAAAUAUUCCCUAACACUUAA